UCAGACGGCAGCAUCGUCGUGUCAGUGGUAAUCAUGUCUGGCUUGAUCAGAGUCUCAACGUUGGUGGCAGUAGUGCUGCUUAUGCAGCUGGGUGGUCUGGAAGGUGCUCCAAUGGCUGCUAAGUGUUUCCCACCGUGUUUCCAUGGGUGCCACCCUCCUCCUCUACCUCCAUGGUGUGGCUGUCACGGCCCGGCCGGUCCUCCUGGUCCUAUUGGGCCUGAGGGACCGCCUGGAAUGCCUGGAAUGCCUGGAGAGACUGGUCUCCCUGGGCCCCCCGGCCCACCUGGGCCCCCGGGUCCUCCUGGUCUUCCCUGCCCCUGCAUCUGUGAACCUCAUCCCCAUCCCCCCUGUAUCUGUCCUCGUCCCCAUCCUCCCAUCUGCAUCUGCCCUCCCCAUCCCCAUCCUCCCAUCAUCUGUGAACCUCUACCUCCCCAUCCUCCCAUCAUCUGUGAACCUCCACCUCCCCAUCCUCCCAUCAUCUGUGAACCUCCACCUCCAGAGGGCACGGCUGCCCCAGAGGCCACGGCUGCCCCAGAGCCUCCCUGUGAGCCGUACCCCAUCUGUCCACCAGAACAAACUUAUCCGGAUGCCCCAGUGGUCACGGACGCCCCAGCUGUGGUGAAGGAGCCCUCUGUGCUAAAGGAGGUGAAGGAGGAGGAGGAGAAGGAGGAGAAGGAAUCUCCCUCAUAUUGGUGAAUGUAAUUGAAUGAACGAAAAAUAAAUGAAAAUUUCAUUCAACAGUGUAAA